AUGUCUCUCCAUGCAGUAGCUCUGGCCAGCUACAGCGGGACAGAGCUCUUCAAGCACCCCUGCUCCAAAAAGUUAAACCCUGAAAGCCUAAAGGUGGCUUUCACCGAGUCAGCGUAUUCUUCGAAUCCCUCCGCGAGGAUUAGCUGCCUUGCUCCAACACCUCAAAUCUCUGUUCUCUCAGAUGAAUGCUCAAGGCCAGCAGUGAUUGGACAUGCUGGAAGUUUUGGAUCGUACCCAGACAGCGCUGAAGCUAUCAAAGACAUUCUUGUGUCUGUUUUAAAUGCAUCUGGUUUGAAGCCCUCUUUGGUGCUGGAGCAGACCACAAUGCAGGGAGCUGAGCAUCCAGACAGUGACAUGGAACGGUGGGAAGAAAGCAGUGUUGGGGAUAGCGAUGACGACAGCGACGGCAAUUCUACACAUCACAACGCUGCCUGUACACAAACAGACAUUCGGUUUACAAGGCACCGGGCAUGUUGGGACAACACAUGCUGUGAUUCCUCUAAACCUUCGCUGGAUACUUUCUUUUGUUCCCAUUACUCUGACGGGGAUCCUGCUGCUUCCUCCUUGAAUGGUUUCACCGUUUCAGAUGUGUCCCCUCUGAAGCGGGACUGCUUUACCCAGGUGACGUUAACAGGAGGCACUGUCACAUCAGCUGUUGUGCAUUCUGGAAGAGAACGUUAUUCCUCCCCUGAACAAGACUUGACUUUCAUAAGGUUUCUUCCUGAUUCAACUGUUAGUACGUCAGCAGAUCUGUUGAAAUACCCUGAUGCUUUGGAGCCUGCACCCAUCAGCAGCAGUGACAGCAGUUCUCCCAGUGGACUUUCCCAAUCAGAGCCAUUCAAUCAAACAGGUUCUACUUCUCCUUUGAACAUAAGUGCUAUACCCUUGAAUCGUUCGUUGCAGGACAUCUGCAUGCUUCCAGAAGAUGUGGAGAAGGAGAACGCGCACUUUUUUGUUGCAGAUAUGAUUAUAGCAUCGCUAGAAAAAAUGAAAUGUAGUAUCCUAAGCCAACAAGCAGAGUCCUGGGGUGUGGAGGAAAUGAGUGGAUCAGAUGGCAGUUAUCACACCGAUUCAGAGUUAUCUUCUUACCCUGGAGCGAAGAAGUCUGAUUCUUCUGUUGCCUCUUCAGACAGUGGUUAUGAAGGCUGUGCUCUGCUGUCUGCCAGCUCCCCAGUGCAUCUACCUUCACAUCAUGAGGUUACCAGGUUUCGUUGCCACAGUGACUCAGAGGAUGAAUAUGUAAUUAUUGAACUUGAAGACCUUGAAAAUCUGUCUGUCACCCCAGAUGAAAGAUCAUCUUUUGAACCUGGCAGCAAUUCUGCUGAAGCAACAGCCCAGGAGUUAUGCAGAGCUUUCAGAAAACACUGGUUGCAGACAGACUCUGCAGUUCAACUGCCUGAUUGCCUGAGCUCAUCUAAGCAGAGAUCUGUUCUGAAAGAAGAGAUUCCAAGAGAGCUUGAGUCAAGUUUGAAACUGGCUGAAGAAAUAAAGAUCAUAUCCAAAUUAAGAGGAUCUUCUGGCUGGGCCCCACCAAGAUCACAGAUUAUAUUUAAUAUUCACCCUUCAGUCAAGAGAGAUGCAGUGGUGGCUGCCCAAAAUUUUACGUGUGUUGGUUGUGGAACACCAAUAGAAAGCAAAUAUAUCAGGAGACUACGCUAUUGUGACUACCUGGGGAAAUACUUUUGUGACUGCUGCCACGGCUAUGCCCAGUCUUCCAUUCCUGCCCGAAUACUUUUGAAGUGGGACUUCAAAAAAUACUAUGUGUGCAACUUCUCCAAGCAUCUACUGGACAGCAUAUGGCAGCACCCAAUUUUCAAUGUGUCAUGUAUUAACAAAGCCCUCUACACGAAAAGUAAAGACAUGGACAGGGUAAGGGAGGUCCAAGAACAGCUUUUUCAUUUAAAAAAGCUUUUGAAAACCUGUAGGUUUGGUGAAAGUGUACUGAAAGAAUUUGAACAGGUCCCCAGCCAUCUGACAGAGGAGCUGCACCUCUUUUCACUGGAUGAUCUGGUGAAGAUCAAACGAGGGCAGUUACUGCCCCUUCUUAAAGAUAUUCUGAAGAGCUCCACCUCCCAUGUGGAUGGCUGUGAGCUCUGUCAAGCGAAGGGGUUUAUCUGUGAAUUCUGUCAGAGCGCAGAUCUGCUCUUUCCAUAUCAGAUUGCCAAAUGCAAAAGGUGCACAGAGUGCAAAACAUGCUUUCACAAAGCAUGCUUCAAGUCUGGAGGCUGCCCCAAAUGUCUGCGAAUUGCAGCUCGGAGGACGCUUUCAGAAACCCCGUCACUGGUGCCUCUCUGAAACUGGAUUCCUCUGACUGCUGAUUUCAGAAAAUGCUCAAAGCCAAAUCUACAGGUGCCUGACUAAGAAUUA